AUGCCGCAAGGUAGAAGAGGAAUAUAACAAAAAAAAAAAAAAAAAAGCGAACGCGUGUUGUAAAUUGACCAUGCAAAUGUAUAUACAUUGAAGGCAGCAAUCGGGUUUCUGGAACGCAUUCCCACGCCGACAAACGGUAGAUUAGUUUUAUCGUGUCACAAAUCAGAACAGAAGAAAGCAGGUAGGAAAGUUGAGAUCAUCCAUGGCAGACUCAGUACUGGCAGUAAUUAGAGCUUCACGCCCAAGCUUCAGAAACGCACAUGACAGAGUGGCCUUUGCCGUCCAUGCAUCUUUUUUAUCCGCUGGCUAUUCUCUAACUGCCACCGGCACUGAAGCCGCGGCCGCAUCAGCACCUUCAUCGCCAGGUCAUGAGGAAGUUGGAAUUGAGGGAUGGAAUGAAAUGGAGGAUGCAUAUGCCUUUUGUUAUUCCAAAAGCGAUAAAGGAGAAAACAAGUCUGUCAUCGUUAAGUGUUUGGUUAUGGGGGAUAUGCUCAUAGUCGACGCGGCUCUUAUUAGCGCGAAAGAGAAUUCCGAGCCUUGCAAUUUGGAGAUCAAUGUCAAUGAGUAUAUAAAUGAUUCUACCACCAGCAGCAACUAUUCAGAACAGUAUAAGGAUUUCCCAACUCUUGUUGAUAGAAUAAACUCGGCAAUUAUUUCGAAGUUGGAAGAUUCACCAAAGAAAGAAAGUGCUGCAAACUCCUCAAGGUCAACGGCAACUUCUAGUGGACAGGAAGCAAAUGAGAGCCAACCAGUAUUGGGAAGGCCAGUGUAUCAGCCAGAUUCAUCUGGGCUUGUCUAUCCUCCAGUUCCUUCAUUUGGUGGUAGUGAUUUAUUUCCAGGCCCUGGGGCUGGUAUUUAUCCUCGCAGAAGUGGGGGUGGAAUGGGAGGUGGCAUGCUCCUAGGACCCAAUGAUCCAGGAUGGGGUAAUAUUGGUGGUAUGGGUGGGGAUGAAGGACUUGGAUUCCCUGGAGAAGUUCGAGGUGUUCCACCUGGUGCUCGGUUCGAUCCAUAUGGUCCUCCAGGUGUUCCUGGUUUUGAGCCUAAUCGAUUUGCCCGAGAUCAAAGACGUCCAGGUGGACGUGGCAAUCAUCCAGAUCUUGAACAUUUCUCACCAUUCUGAAUGUCAAUAAAAGAGAAGCAUAGGGGGGAAGGUUGGCACAGUUUUGGCAUGGUCUUGAGCCCUUACCAUCUUUGUUAUUGUUUUUGGGAUUCAAUAUCUAGAUUUAUUUUUGAAAACUUACACAAUCCAAGGUUUGGGUUGGUAUAAUUCCAGUAUAAAGUGUAUAAGCCAUAAUGUCUGUCUUCUUUCAAGCUUGUAAAUGAUAAUAAAGAUUGCUGGUCUUAACUGUAAAGUUUAUGUCGCUUGUCAUUAUCCUCUUUACUAUGUCAAAUCUUGUAAAGGAUUAAUAUAAGUUGCUUUAACUUUGAUAUAAAUUCAUUAAAUAUUUCGGUUUUUGACA